AUGAAUGAGAAAGAGGUUCCUUACGAUGGGAAUAUGUCCCGACGAGAAUCUUCAAGUGAUCUUGAGAAGAAUACACCAAUGGCUGGGAACAACACAGAUGAUCUAAAUGCAAACCUUAGCGAUCAAACCACUGAAGCAGGCAACUUGACCACUGACUGCGAAACCUUCGAAGUUUCAUGGGAUGGCGACAAAGACCCCUUAUGUCCAAGAAGUAUGUCGACGAUACGAAAAUGGAUGAUCGUUUCAAUCGCAUGCAUGGGAAGUUUAUGCGUUUCAAUCUACACGGCUACCUACACCCAAAUGAACGCCGAAUUCCACUGCUCCCAAAUCGUCGCCACCCUCGGCCUCUCCACCUUCGUCCUAGGAAUCGCCCUCGGCCCUGUACUUACCAGCCCUUUAAGCGAGUACUACGGCCGACGACCAAUCUACCUCGCUUCAUGGGCCAUGUUCAUUAUCUGGACGAUUCCCUCCGCCGUAGCGCAAAACAUCGAGACAAUGAUCAUCGCUCGUUUCUUCACCGGUUUCGCGGGGAGUUCGUUUCUCAGCGUUGCAGGCGGCACAGCAGGUGAUGUCUUUGAACGUCAUGAGAUUCAGAAGCCUAUGAGUUUGGUAUCGCUGGCGCCGUUUAUCGGACCGGCUAUUGGGCCGUUGGUUGGAGGUUUUAUUAAUUAUAAUACGCAUUGGAGGUGGACGUAUUAUGUUAUGUUGAUAUGGGCUGCGUUUGUUAUGGUGGCUAUUGUGGUGUUUGCGCCCGAGACCUUUCAUCCGAUUUUGUUGAGGGAGAAGGCGAGGAUGUUGAGAAAAGAGACUGGGAACGAUGCGUAUAGAGCGCCGAUGGAGCAUACGGAGAAGCCAAUUCUUGAGACGCUCAAGCUUUCGGUUCUUCGACCUUUUCAGCUUCUCUUCUUGGAGCCCAUGUGUCUCUGCCUGGAUCUUUACUCCGCUAUCCUCCUUGGUAUUCUUUACCUAUUCUUCGGCGCGUUUCCUCUCAUCUUCCGAACGAAUCACGGUAUGAGUCUUUGGCAAACUGGCAUGACGUUCUUGGGAAUUCUGAUCGGAACUGUUGUUGCAACGGCUACGACUCCUUUCUGGGCGAGACUUCGACUUCGAUGGUUGGCGGAGCAGGAGAAGGAGACUGGAAAAGCUAUCAGUGAGCCCGAGUACAGACUACCUCCUUGUAUCCUUGGAGCUGUUCUUAUUCCUAUUGGGUUGUUUUGGUUUGCUUGGACGACGUAUUCUAGCAUUCAUUGGAUUGUGCCUAUCGUUGGCUCUGGAGUUUUUGGAUGCGGCAUGAUGCUGGUCUUUACUGGUAUCUUCACCUUCUUGGUCGACGCUUAUCCUCAGUACGCUGCUUCUGCAAUGGCAGCCAAUAGUUUUGCUCGAUGCUCCUUCGCAGCGGCAUUCCCCCUGUUUGGUAUUCAGAUGUACGAAAAGCUUGGUUAUCAGUGGGCAUCCAGCCUUCUAGCUUUCUUGACGGUUGCCAUGGCGCCGUUCCCUUAUUUGUUCUUCCGAUACGGCAAGAAGCUGCGAGCUAAGAGCAAAUUUGCUUCGAAAAUCUAA